CCCAGGACUACGAGGAGGCGGUGCGCCUGUACAGCGAGGCCAUCGCGCUGUGCCCGGCCAACGCGGUGUACUAYGGCAACCGCAGCCUGGCGCACCUGCGCGCCGAGAGCUACGGCUACGCGCUGGCCGACGCGACGCGCGCGCUGCAGCUCGACGCCGCCUACGUCAAGGGCUACUACCGCCGCGCCGCCAGCAACAUGGCGCUGGGCCGCUUCCGGGCCGCGCUGCGCGACUACGAGACGGUGGCCAAGGUGCGGCCGCACGACCGCGACGCGCGCCUCAAGCUGCAGGAGUGCAGCCGCAUCGUGAAGCAGAAGGCCUUCGAGCGCGCCAUCGCCAGCGACCCRCGCAAGCGCUCCGUCGUCGACUCGCUCGACAUCGAGAGCAUGACCAUCGAGGACGAGUACAGCGGCCCCAAGCUGGAGGACGGCCGGGUGACGCUGCCCUUCAUGAAGGACCUCAUGCAGUGGUACAAGGAGCAGAAGAAGCUGCACCGCAAGUGCGCCUACCAGAUCCUGGUGCAGGUCAAGGAGGUCCUCUCCAAGCUGCCCACCCUGGUGGAGACCACGCUGAAGGAGACGGAGCAGGUGACGGUGUGCGGCGACACCCACGGCCAGUACUACGACCUGCUCAACAUCUUCGAGCUCAACGGGCUGCCCUCGGAGGCCAACCCCUACGACGGCCGCUCGGUGAGCAAGCGGGGCGUGAGCUGCCAGUUCGGGCCCGACGUGACGCGCCGCUUCCUGGAGCGCAACCGCCUCGACUACGUCAUCCGCAGCCACGAGGUGAAGGCCGAGGGCUACGAGGUGGCCCACGGCGGCCGCUGCGUCACCGUCUUCUCCGCGCCCAACUACUG